CGCAACUUGUUCUGUUCACUCUGAAUCGUCGAGGCGUGCGGUACUGAAAGCCGGACAAUAUAACACGAAUUAAGGCAAUUCUUAUAACCGGUUCGGAACGUAGCGACCCACAACAGCGGCGCGCGUACGCUCAACAGCAAUAACAACAACAACAGCCACAACAGCAACAUAAAUAAAUAAAUCGAAAAGUAAAUAACAACAACAACUGCGAUUAGCUUUAUAUUUCAAGCCAUUCAAGUGCUUCGGUUUCAGUGUUUCUGUGUGUGAGUGUGCUUAAAUAAAUACCCUGUAAAUCCUCUCAAAUUAUUGGUGAUCCAUAGCGAUCUCAGUGGCAGUGCGUGUGUCUGUGUGCCGAAAUUCGCGUUAAUUGAGCUGUAAGUGCUGAUUUGUUGUACAAAUUUGCAUCGCUUGCAACGAGCCAAGUUGCAAAGCUGCAAGGCUGCAAGGCUGGCUGACUGGCUGGCUGGUUGGCAAACGUUGAAAGGCCGCAUAAACAAAUCUGGCUGCGCGUCUUGGUUCACUGAUUUAAUGCCACAAACAGAUUGCAGAUUGUAGCUGUAACCACCGUCGCCGACGCAGCUGCCCCGCCCCCCUUCUCUAUAUAUCUCUCUCUCUCUCUCUCGUUGGUUGCUCCCCAAACCCCACAGCAGGCGCGCCCCUUCUAUCCUGCUUGCAACAUUGCAACCUGCUUGGAAGCUUGUUUCUGCGGAAGAGCCGCAGCCACCGAGCCAGAGCGCCAGGUGAGGAGCGACUCGCAGAGUCAGAUCCGGCAAAAAAAAAAAAAAAAAAAACACAAAAAAGAAAAAAAAAACAGCCGACGAAGACGUCGUCCAAACAUUUUGCCAUUGAGCAAAAGAAUUUCUUUAAAACAACAACAACAGCAGCAACAACAACAACAACGCGCAAAGAUUUACAACGCGGACCAAGCAAAAAGUGUAAAGCAAGCAAAGCAGCAAAAAAUUAGCGCAUACUGGAAGUGCAUCUAUAUAUGUGUAUGCAGGUGUAUGUGCAUGCCUGUGUGUGUGUGUGUGUGUGUGUGCGAGUGUCUUUGCCAAGUGCUGGCAAAAAAGUUGUUUAACUAACCAAAAGAAAAAGUUUGAAAAGUGUCAACCUAAGCGGCGCGGCCAAUAACCUAACGACAACCAACAACAACAACAACAACAACAGUAACUAGAAACAACCAACAACGGCAACAACAACAGCAGAAAGAAGAAGACGAUUUUGUGCUAAGCAUGCAAUGGCGACCCCUUGUACGGGCCUGGCUGCGGUUUAAUUACCGUUAUCCUUGCAAACACUAAGCCAAGUCUUGGGAUUACGUUUACAACAAGUUCGAAAGAAAGAAAGGACGAAUCAACAACGCGUCAGCAGGUGAACAUUCCAAUUGGUAAAAUAAACAAACAAAAAAACACACGGGGCAAAACAGUCUAAUUGGCCAAGUCGGACAGGCAACAGCAACAGCAACAACAACAACAACUGCGAGAGCAACAACUAGGAGCUGCAGUGAAGCUGACGCAAAUCCGUUCAAAAUGCGCAAUAGACAACUGCAGUAGACAGAGGCGAUAACUGGCAACAGCGCAGUCAAAGGAUUGGCAAGAGCAAGCAUCAGGAGUCGGCUAACUACCCCCACGACAGUGCCCCACCCACCCGGACACAGUAUGCCAUCAAUUGCCAACAUCAGUGUCAGCUCGACAUCGCCAACAAUGGUCAGCUUCCUGCCUGGCAACGAUGCCCGCCUUAGUUACAUUGUAAAUCAAGUUGCGUCCGCAUCCGCAUCCGCCGCAUCCGUCGCAUCCGUCGCAUCGCCCGCCCUGCCCACGUUCAGCCCGCCGCGCAUUGAGAGCUUGGUGGCCAGCUCGGCGGAGGAUUUGGGCGGCUUUGGGGAUGUGACGUUCGACAUCUUCGAUGACGAUGACGAUUUGUUUGGCUCGCCGAUGGCCUUCGAUGCCAGCGAGCAGGGCCUGUGGAACGGACGCUUUGUGCCGCCGCCCCCGCGGCCGCCCUUCUUCGUCGACGAGCCCGUGCUGAGCGAUGGCCUAACCACAUGUGAUUUAUGCUCCUGGGCCAUGCCCACCAAGAGCACGUUCAUGUUCGAGGGCACGAUAGAGAAGGCCACCGAGCUGGGCUGGCCACUGACGCUGAUCAUAGUGUCGGUUCUAUCGGCGCUAUUGGGCGCCAUCAUCAUGAUUGCCGUGGUGCGUUGCCGGCGCAAAAAGUCGUCCAAUAAUCGCAAUGACACGCACGUGCAGUGGUGGUCGCGCAACAAGCGCGCCCACAGCAAUGGCGCUGGCACGGGCAGCAGUGCCGGUGCCCCAAUAGCCGGCAGCAGCGCCCACAACAACAACAAUCAUCUGAGACGCAGCAAUAUUUAUACAGCACACCCGGCGGACAGCAUACGCGGGCUGCAUCCGCUGCCACUGCCGAUGUCGAUGCCCAUGCCGCUGCCGCUGCCCAUGCCGCCCACGCUGGCGGCCACAGCUGCACCGAUGCUGGCCGUGUCGCCAUCGGUGGCAGGCAGCGCGCCGCCAAGCCAACAGCAGCAGCAGCAGCAGCAGCCACACUAUUUCCAUCCAUAUCACCAUCAUCAUCAUCAUCAUCAUCAGCAACAGCAGCAGCAGCAGCAGCAGGCGCCCCUGCCGCCGCAUUACCCGCAUGACUGCGAGGAGGACGCCGCAUACGAGGAGCCCGGGUACCAUCAGCCACAACAGUUGCACACUAGCUCCAAUUCCAUGUCGUCGGUCGCGUCAUCGCCAGCGUCCACCGAAGCCGAAGUUGAAGCCGUCAGCCACUGGCCACAGGCCGGCACCAUGGUGGUCGCCAGCUGAGAGCUGGCCGAGAGCUGCGCCUGGGCGCGUCAGCGUCGGCGCAGCCUCAGCAGCGACUGGAUCUGGCAGUGACAUGUUGCACGGCAACAUGCUGCAGCAACACGGCCACUGGCAUCGGCACUGGCAACACGGGCUGCUUAAAAUGCGGCACACAAAUUCUGGUGCAGAUCAUAAAAAGGAUUACACGUAACAUUUUGUGAAGUUUAUUUUGUUUUCUUGCUUGAAGCCGGCAAACCAGUCCAUAAGCAGCUAAGGAUUCACUUCAGUGUCUGACUGACAGCCACUGUGUGUGUGUGUGUGUGUGAGUGUCUAUGUCUCCAAUUGGGAAAACCGAAACGAAUUUAGUGUCACUUCCACUUCCGUUGUGCAAACUAUCGGAGCAGCCAGCAAAACCAAAAAACCCGACACCCAGACAGAGGAGGUGGAGCUGGUAUCCUACAGGAGAGAGAGGCAGACAGAGUGAGUGUGAGAGUGGGAGUGAGGGAGAGGGAUGGCUUACUCUGGCUCUGGCUCUGGCUGAUGGCGGGUUAUGUGGCAGCAUGCUCUUUACAUGCCUUGCACGUUUUAUCCUUUAUUGCCGUUCGGCAUUAGUACAGGGAUUUUGUCAGAUUAAAGCAAAUAAAGGGCGUGCUUUUUGUUUUCAGCUUUUUGCAACUGGCAACUGCUGUGUCGAUGAUGCCACAAGUUUAAAUCGUUGUUACAGUAAGUGUGUGUGUGUGUGUGUGUGUGUGUGCAUUUCAAAUACCAUAUGUGAGCGAGUCUGAGUAUGAGUGAGAGACAGACUUUAUCGAGACUAUGCGGACUUUGUAGAAGAGCUAGCUAGAGUACUCUAUAUAUACGGCUGGACAACGUUAAUCUAACUAUAUAUCAUUUAGCUAUAUAUGAAAGAGGAUUACAAACAUUUUGUUUUCACUGUGAUGCUGUCCUGUUUAGGCACAGGGUAUUUAUGAGUCGUUCAAUGCAAUUGAAAUGAUACUAAAACUACUGUUUCACCCAUCCCCCCCCAUCUGCAUAGAUAUUUUCGUUUAAAGCUUUUGUCAAUGCAUGUGUGUGUGUGUGUGUGUGUGUUAACUGGUAUCUCUGCUGGUAUGGCACUGUGUUUGCUGGCUUGUUCUCGGCUGCAAAUGGCACAAAACUUUGUGGCUUUUCACUUCAUUCCUCUUGUUUUGUGAUUACAAAAGCAAAUAGUUUAUAUAUAUAGAUAGAUGUAUGUGUGUAUUGCCAUAGCAAAAGACCGAAGAACGACAGAGUGAGAGAGAGAUAGAGAGAGUGGUGUAUAAAACCUAAGCUCAAAAACGAAAGCUUUGCAAAUAUUGGCAGCAUUUUGUGUGGGCCAUCCUUACUUUUGGGCAUUUAAUGUCUUUAUGAAAGCCAAAUGUCUAAAUGCGCCCAGCAAGUUUCUGUCAACCUAUUAUAAUCUCUUAAAGUAUUUGUAAUAAUCCCAGGAACAUUUAACAUUUGCAGUUGCAUUCAAUAAAGCCUAAUACAAAAUUCAUGUCAUGCAUAUCAAAUAAGCUUAAACUACAACAACUACAACAACAAGAACAAAAGUACUUAAAACAAUAAACAAUGUAAAUAUACUGUAAAUAUAUAAAUAUAUACAUAUACAUAUAUACUACAUAUAUGUACUUAUUUUGCAAUUCUGCAAUUUUUGCUCUAAUUAGCAAUUAAUUCAAUGCGAAAAGUUUCUUCAACUUGAGAAUAAAUAAUUUAUGUAGAGCAUUGUAUUAAUGCGAAAGGCAAACGGAACAUUCCUCUUUAAAGUUCAAGUUAUUGUUUUGUUUAUAAAAUAUCAA